GUAUGACCUUUCAGUGCAGCUGCCUGGGAAGGCUGCACAUGCCGAGCAGACGGGCCACAGCCGAAACACUGAGACUUUAAAAGCAUGAACCCACCGUAAAUGGGUCUACCACCACAUCUGCCGUUUCUUUCGUCGCUCCCGUUUACCUCGAACGAUUUUUGUGGAUGGAUUACAAUAUUCACCGUCUCACCGAGAAGCCUUACAACGCCCAGUCAGCAGCGGCAGCCAUAGCUCCGUCAUUGACGCUGGAGAAAACUGUAACCUGCCUGUGCAAUGGCAGUCUUUAGUCACCAGGUGCUCCUGGCAGUCACAAGAUCAAGGGGAUCGUACUUGUUAUCCAAGAGGCACAGCUGCUCUUCUCUGUCUUCCAAAGCCUAUCUCCAUAUAGACCCUCCCCGCCAUGUCUCGUCCUCGCUCACACUCAGGCACUCCCACUACGGCUACCCCCACUGUUACCGAGGCCACGCCCUCAGCCGAGGCCACAACUCCGCCCUUUUCGCCCGCUCUCUACACAGCUCAGGUGUUUGGCUCCAAGACAUAAAGCAGGAGGAUGCUAAACCUUCACCAGCCGCUGCACAGGAUGCUUCUGCAGGAGCUAAAAAGGACUCUGUAGCCGCCGCACCCCAGUCACAACCUCCUUCAGCUCCCGCUGCCCCAGCCGCUGCUGUACCUCCGGCGCAGGAGAGGGCAGUCGUGAAAAAGGCGCUGUAUGUGAGAAUUGUGGACGAGUUGAAGCAUUACUACAAUGGCUUCCGGUUACUUGGCAUCGACAUCAAGAUUGCAGGCAGGAUGGUGUGGAGGCUGCUGCACGGACAACUGCUCACACGCAGGGAGAGGAGAAGGCUGAUGAGGACCUGCGCUGACCUGUUCCGUCUGGUGCCCUUUAUGGUGUUUAUCAUCGUUCCUUUCAUGGAGUUCCUUCUUCCUGUCUUCCUCAAACUCUUCCCGGAGAUGUUGCCCUCCACCUUUGAGACUGAGAGCAAAAAGGAGGAGAAGCAGAAGAAAGGUCUGGCAGCGAAGUUGGAGCUGGCCAAGUUUCUCCAGGAAACCAUCGCUGAGAUGGCUCGAAGGAACAAAGCGAAAGCGCAGACGGAAGAUGAGACACAGCGCUUCUCCACAUAUGUUCAGAAGGUUCGGGGCACAGGCGAGCAGCCCACCACAAAGGACAUCGUCCGGUUUUCGAAGCUGUUUGAGGACGAGCUGACACUGGAGCACCUGGAGCGCCCCCAGCUUGUGGCACUGUGUAAGCUGUUAGAGCUGCAGCCCAUCGGCACAAACAACUUGCUGCGUUUUCAGCUGAUGCUGCAACUCAGAACCAUCAAGUCAGACGAUGAGAUGAUUGCAGCAGAGGGUGUGGCAGCUAUGAGUGUGUCAGAGUUACAGGCAGCGUGUCGUAGUCGAGGGAUGAGGUCUUUGGGUCUCACCACCGACCAGCUACGUCAGCAGAUGCAGCAGUGGUUGGACCUGCACCUGAAGGAGAACGUUCCUCCAUCGCUGCUGCUGCUCUCCAGAGCCAUGUACCUGACUGACCUCAAACCAAAACCUCCAGUCAUCCCGCCUGUUCCCAAACUAGAGAAAGCCACACCUCCAGUUGAGAACACAGGAGCAAACACGACCUCAGUCAGCACUGACAUGUUGGCGGACCCUGCUCGUAUUAUCAAAGAGAGACCGGCGGAGGAGAUGAGAGACAAGGCUCCUUUGGUAACCGACAAACCUCUGACUCCUGCUGAAGUCCUUCAGGCUAAAGCAGCGACAGAGGUGUCCCAGAAGAGCAAGAUGAGUGCCAAUGGUGUGUAAAGUGGAGCAGGAGCCUCUGGACUGAAGGGGGGAUGGACUCAGCUCUGUGUCCUGGGGGAGGGGGCGACAUGGAUGUGGUGGUCAAAAGAUGAGCCAUUGAUGGUCUACACUUCAGUAGCCCUCAGUUAUGUUGAAGCUCCUUUCUUUGGACCAGAUGGACAAGGAAUCACCGGCUCCGUUCAGCAUUGUGUUUGACAUGUUGAUGGUACAACUCAUCCAGGAGUCCUGUUUAUCUUCUUGUUCCCGUCUCUGUUAACACCCAGGGAAGGUCUGCUGCCUCUUCUGCUUCACCUCAGCAGCUGCUUCUUUAUACCCUCUGUUUUCACAUGUGUGCACUCCGUUCUCUGUCAUUGUCCAUUGCUGGACUAACCAGUCUGACAUGUCACUGGACUAGCAGACCACUGAUGGUGUGUUUACUUUGACCUGAUGUCCUGGAUGUGAUGCCCAAACCGCCCAUGGCAGAGCCUGGUCAACUGUCUGUCUGAUGGUGUCUCCUUACAGUCUAGACAGUCUUCUCCUCCUUCUCCUGUAAAUUUGUAAAUAUCCUGUAUAUUUGUGUCUCUGUCUUGCAUCGCAGCAGCAGCAGCAGCUUUGUACAUUUUGCUAUGCAAAGGUCUCUUGAAAAAUUUCAAGUUUUUCUCUAUCAGCAGUUUCAUUUUGUUUUCUUUGGAUAUUUUUGGUCCUUUUCAGGAUUUAAGAGAAGUCAUCCUCUUUUUUUUCUUCUUUUUUUUAAGACACAUUCUGAACUUUAUGGUUCAGUAGCUGUCCUACCUUCAUCUUUGCUCAGUAAGCUGGAUCUCGCCGAUGUCCAGAAACAGACGGCACAUUAUGAACCUGCGAUUGAAUAAAAAGCAAAUUCAGCAAAAAAUGUCAAUCAUAUUCCUGCGGAUUUGGACCGGCCCUGCUUCUGAACAGGGUGACAUAGCGUAGUUGCUCGCUGCUGCAAUUAGCAAAUGAAGACUGGUAUAUUAUUAAGAGAGAGGUCACUCCUUAAACCCAGAGGCAACUGUGGUAAAAGUGCAGCCUGCCUCCGUCGUUAAACCACUGAACGAACAAUCUGUAUAAACUGUGCAGAUUUUAUUUGCAUAUACAGUGUAUGUAUUGUGUUUUAACACUAUGACUCUUGUUUAAACUGAAAAGAGAAAAUACUUGAUGUUUCCAUAAAGAUAUAUUAUUAAUAUUUGGGGGAGAAGCUUAAAUAUUGAAGCCACGGAUGAGAUUAUUUUUUUGGUAUUGUGGCCCUAAAAGAGUUAAAGCAUUAUGACUGAUUUGCCCGACUAUCCUACUGCAUUAUAUGACUCUAAAAGCAGUUCUUGGAAGGUUUACCACAUAAACGUGUACUGUAUAAAUACAGUUUUGUGUGUGUUUGACAGUGCUUACGAUUUUUCCAUCCCUCUUUAUACAUUGGACAUCUGUGGAGUGACUUUUUGUCUCCACACAUUUUUUCCUCAUUGCUGUCUAUCCAUGGGCGCCUCCCAGAAGUGGAUGCCAUAAACUAAAUUAUAUUUUUAAGCAAAAAAAAAAAAAAAGAUAGCUAAUGAAGAUUUUUAUUAUUGGUUUUACAUAUGUGCCUACGGUUAAAGAGCAAUUGUGUUUGCAUUUUUCAUCAGAGAACAGAUUUUCUAUAUUGCACCUUUGUUUUUGAUUUUGCUCAUUCACCUCAGUGUGUUUUAAAAGGGCCCAGUUUAGUGGAAUGUCUCCUUCCCCUUUCCCUGUUUGAUCCAAGUUGUCAAUGCAAAUCCAAAUGAAUCCUUCCCUGCACUGAUGAAAAAGCAAUCACCUUUUCAAUCAGCUCUGCACUUGUGGUGCAAAAGGGGAUCAAAAGUAAAAAGUUAAUUUAUCGUUUUUGGUUUGUGCUCUGCUGCCAUAUUUAAAAAAAAUAUCCAAGACAUUCUGAGAAGAUGUGAGUAGACUGACGCAACAUUUAUGGCAUUUACUUUUUGGAAACAGAAGGUUGGUGCUUUCUAACAACACCUGUCACUACCUGUCGAAAAAGUGGUGUCAUAUUGAUGUGCUGCUCCACAGUGGCGUGGAGUUGAUCUGCUGGGACGUUUUCAGACGUUGAUGUCUACUGCAUAAUUAAAGGACUGCACAGCAUUUAAUAACGGGAAUGGCUGGAUUGGUUUCUCGUUUCUGCCGUGCCUCCAAGACCCUGAAACUGCAGGAAAAUAAAAGUAAAUGUCUAAUUUCUACCCCAGUUAUUGGACAGUGUGCAUCCUUGUGUCACUUCUUCCAUUCAUCAGCAUCAUAGUGUGUUAACAACACAAUGCCUGUCUGGAAACUACAUCUUCAUACUACUGUCUCACAUGGUUUGGUACAUCAGUGACAUCAUGAUGUGUCCUUUCCUCUGUCUGUAAGGAUUGUUUCUUUCAGUUAUGAAAAUGCACUGCUGUCCAGUUACUUCUUACCCUGCAUUCAAUUUAUGCAUCACUUUACCAUGGCAAGUGAGUGUCUGCGUGAUGGAGGAAAAAAAGAAUCCACACAAUUAAAAUCAUUAAACCCUUUA